AUGGGAAGAGGCAAAGUCCUGAACGAGCACGAAAGGGGGCUUAUCCCUGGUCUUUCUCAAGGCGGUAGAACCAUUCGAGACAUCGCUGCUCGUGUGCAGCGCUCCAAGAACGUAAUUUCUAACUUCCUGCGCGCACCGUUGGAAUAUGGGAGAAAAAAAUCGCCAGGAAGACCGCAAAAGCUAUCUCCCACCGACAAGAGAAGGUUACUUCGGGCUGCUUCAAAUGAAACAAAAUGCUCUAACACGCUUCGUCAGGAGCUGGGACUCUCUGUUGCCUCACAGUCAAUCCGCCGUACGCUGCACAACGACCCGAACUUCCAAUUCAAGAAGAUGGUGUCGGCUCCAAUGAUGCUGCCCCUUCAUCUCGUCGCUCGUGAAAAUUUUGCGUGCGAGAAGCUGACAUGGUGUCCUGCAGAUUGGUAUAAAGUCAUCUGGUCCGACGAAAAAAAGUUCAAUCUCGACGGACCAGAUGGCUUCGCCUUCUAUUGGCACGAUCUGAGGAAGGACAAGCGCAUAUUCUCGAGAAGGCAAGGAGGUGGGAAUUCGGUCAUGUUUUGGGGGGGUUUUGUGGGACGAAGAAAUGCGAAUUGGUGUUGCUCGAAGGAAAUCAGAACGCAGAGGACUACAUACAGACAUUAG